AAAUGAAGAAAACAAAGAGAAGUUUCUUGGACCGAGAGACAACAAUGUCGUCGUCUAUUUCAAAGUUCACCCAUUCACAUUUUCGUACAAGUUCAUAAUCUUUUUUAAAUUUACUCAAACCAAGUUUCAAUCUUGAAUCUAACCAACAAUUCUUCGAAUUACCUAUUGCUUCAUAAUCCAAUUUCUCUACAAAUUGGGUGGUGAUACUGAUGGCCGGUCGUUUUGAUCCUAAUCCCUUUGACGAAGGAGAUGAAGUGAAUCCAUUUGCUGGAGAACAAGCGGGAGGAAAAGAAGCCGGAAAGUCAAACUUUGGUGGAGGCCCAUUUUACACGACUAGUGUUCCUUCAGCUACAAACUCUAGGCUUUCGCCUCUUCCCCAUGAGCCUGCAGAUUUUUAUGAUCGGACUGCAUCGGUUGACAUUCCACUUGAUUCAACUGUAGAUCUGAAGAAGAAAGAGAGAGAACUACAAAGUAGGGAAGCUGAUUUGAGGAAGAGGGAAGAGAUAGUAAAACGCAAAGAAGAGGCAGCUGCUCGAGCUGGUAUUGUUCUUGAGGAGAAGAAUUGGCCACCUUUUUUCCCAAUUAUUCAUCAUGAUAUAGCAAAUGAGAUACCAAUUCAUCUACAGAAAUUACAAUAUGUUGCAUUCACAACAUACUUGGGAUUAGUUCUUUGCCUUCUUUGGAACAUUGUGGCUACAACAACAGCAUGGAUUAAAGGAGAAGAUCCAAAGAUCUGGUUUCUUGCUCUUAUCUACUUCAUAUCAGGGGUCCCAGGCGCCUAUGUGUUAUGGUAUCGCCCACUUUAUCGUGCUUUUAGGAGCGAAAGUGCGUUCAAGUUCACUUGGUUUUUCCUAUUUUACUUGAUUCACAUAGCUUUCGUCAUAUUUGCCGCUGUUGCUCCUCCAGUUGUGUUCAAAGGAAAAUCUCUCACUGGUAUCCUACCAGCUGUUGAUCUUGUAGGCGACCAUGCUUUGGUUGGGAUCUUCUACUUUGUUGGAUUCGGUUUAUUCUGUCUAGAAUCUCUGCUCAGCAUCUGGGUUAUCCAGCAAGUAUUCAUGUAUUUUCGAGGCAGUGGGCAGGCUGCUGAGUUAAGACGUGAAGCUGCUAGAACCGCUGUACGGGCAGCAAUAUGACCAUAUCGCCCCUAUCAUUUCAACAGUUUUUUUUUUUUUUGGAUUAUUGUCAAGAUUUGUUGUUUGUUUUUUGAAAAAGUAUAGAAAGAUGGUGGUAGAUUUGUAUCUGUAAAUCUUUUAGGUGUUUACAAGUGAUGGUUUUGUUUAUUGGCAUUCUAAUUCUGAGGAUUACUUUUACAAUCACUAAAAUUUCUAUUUCA